AUGGAGUCCGCUUUCUCACGGGUGAUGUGGGAACCUGAGGGAGAAGCUGAAGACAGCUCUCUGAGAGGUCUGGGAUUGCGUCGUAAACGGGAAUUCAUACCUGAUGACAAGAAAGAUGCGACCUACUGGGAGAAACGCCGCAAGAACAAUGAAGCGGCGAAGCGCUCCCGAGAGAAACGAAGGGUCAGUGACUAUGUUUUGGAGACUCAAUUGGUUUCAUUGAGCGAGGAAAACGCUCGUCUGCGAGCCGAGCUGUUGGCUCUGAAGCUUCGAUACGGUUUGCUUAACCCUAGGACGCCCUAUUCCCCAUCUCAAAGGGCUCUAUCUCAGCUUCACGCUUUGGUGCCGCAACCUUUGGUUUCUUGCCCAGACAAAGACCUCUACUGGGGUAGACAGCAAGACAGAGAGGCUUCCAAUCUGUCGGGGAUCCAACAAGCACCCGUCUGUCUUGGCACCCACCCUGGGUCGGCAUUCCUACCUACGCAUCCUAUGGCCAUACGAAGAAAUCACCCAUACCUCCUAGACUUCCCCAGUCUCCAUUCUUCUACAGCUGCACCUUUAUUCUUUCCUCCACACCUCACCCCAGCAGCAGCAUCUUGGGCAGGACGGCCCCUGCUCCAGCCAGGGAAUCAGAGGAUCUUUUCGGACGAGGAGGGUGAGCAGCAGGUGCCAGCAGAUUCCAGCACCGCUCUGCCGCAUAAACUAAGACUGAAGACGCAAACAUCACAGCGCAAAGAUAACAGAGCUAAAUCUGCAUCUCCAAUUCCUGCAUACAUGUCAGAUUGA